AUGGAAUUCCCCUUUGCGAAUUGGAUGAAAACAUGCGCUCCCAUUCACGAACGCUGCAUUGCAGAUAUUAGUCUUGUCGGCAGUCACGACUGCGCUACAGCGAAAAUUCUGAAAAAGCACAUCAUCCCACCGUUCUCAAUUGUCCCAACAAAGUACAGAGGGUUUAUCAAACGAUGGGCCAAGACACAAAGGUUAUCUAUAGGCGACCAGUGCAAAGCAGGCUCGAGGUACUUUGACUUUCGUGUCAUUUACGAUACCGGUUUGGAUGAUUUCUUCCUUUUACAUGGAUUCUAUUGCAUACGAUUGGAAGAUGCACUCAAAGAAAUUGUACAGUUUUUGGACGAACACGCCGAUGAGGUACUCAUCGUGGAUAUGAAUCACAUCUUCAACGUGAAGAGUAAAACAGUAAUGAAGAAGCUGUACAAUUUGAUCGAAGGGUUGUGCGCAAAGCACGCAGUCCUUGAUGACUCCGACAAAAUUCAUGCACCCCUCAAAAGCUUGGUCAGACUCCACCAGAGGAUGUUUGUCUUCUGUCUGAAUCUGCCUCAUGUCAAUCUGCCGAAACCACUCUUCGUGUUCGACCACGCACAAGUCACAUCUUUAUGGCCAAACAGAAACACAACAAGCAGAAUGAUGAAAGUUCUCUCAAACAACACAAGGAAGGCAAAAGACCUCACGCAGCCUACUAUUGUGCAAGCAAUAGUUACUCCGUCGAUUAGCAGCAUUAGGAAGAGCUUUUAUGACAAAGAGUAUCCAGCAACAACACUCAUGAUUGCGCAAGAAACAAACCCAGUUGUGCUUAAUUGGCUCCACUCACAACACACAUUCAUCAACAUCCUACUCAUUGACGAUAUUGGCAAAAAUGAUCAAAUUGUUGCAGAGAUGAUAAAAAGAAACACCACAUUUCCAAGAUGA